UCCACCAGUCCGGGUGACCGGCCCUUGGUCCCGGUCCCGGCUCCGGCGCCAUGGAGCGGCGCUGCCCCCUGGGGCUCGGGCUCCUGCUGCUGCUCUGCGCCCCGUUGCCCCCGGGGGCGCCCGCCGAAGAAGUAACUCUGCUAGACACCAGCACUGCACAAGGAGAGCUAGGUUGGCUACUGGACCCACCAGAGACUGGGUGGAGUGAAGUACAACAGAUGUUGAAUGGGACGCCCAUGUAUAUGUACCAGGACUGCCCAGUGCUGGCUGGGGGGGACACAGAUCACUGGCUUCGCUCUAAUUGGAUCUACCGGGGAGAAGCUGCGUCCCGAGUCCACGUUGAGCUUCAGUUCACUGUUCGAGACUGCAAGAGCUUCCCAGGGGGGUCAGGACCACAGGGCUGCAAGGAGACAUUCAACCUUUUCUACAUGGAAAGUGACCAUGAUGUGGGCAUCCAGCUCCGGCGACCCCUCUUCCAGAAGGUAACUACAGUGGCCGCAGACCAGAGCUUUACCAUACGGGACCUGGAAACUGGCGCUGUGCGGCUGAACGUGGAGCAUUGCCAGCUGGGCCACCUGACUCGGCGUGGCCUUUACCUUGCUUUUCACAACCCAGGGGCUUGUGUGGCCCUGGUGGCCGUUCGUGUGUUCUACCAGCGCUGUGCUGAGACCGUCCAUAAGCUGGCACGUUUCCCCAACACCCUUCCGGCGUCUGCGGGUUUGGUUAACGUGUCAGGGACCUGCCUGCCCCAUGCCCAGUACGGCCCUAGCCCUUCAGCUGCCCCUCGAAUGCACUGUAGCCCCGAUGGAGAAUGGCUGGUACCUGUGGGACGAUGCUACUGCAAACCAGGUUAUGAGGUCAAGGAGGAAAAUGGUGUCGAAGGAUGUACCGCCUGCCUCAUCAAUUUCUACCGUGCUGAGAUGGAUACCCCCAGCUGCCUCAAGUGCCCUCCCCAUAGUACAGCUAAGUCUGUGGGGGCUACAGUCUGCACCUGUGUGAGUGGCCACUACAGAACUCCUGGGGAAGGGCCCCAGGUAGCAUGCACACGUCCCCCUUCGGCCCCUCAAAAUAUCAGCUUCUCUCUUUCGGGGACUCAGCUUUCUCUGCAGUGGAAGCCACCCAAGGAUUCCGGAGGACGGCGAGAUGUGAGCUACAAUGUUGAGUGUGCACAGUGCCAGGGAGGAGCCCCGGAGAAGGGGCCGUGCCAGCCAUGUGGAGCAGAGGUGCACUUCUCUCCUAGCACCAAGGGACUCACCCUGCCUACCGUUCGAAUUGAUGGCCUUGAACCCUACGCCAACUACACCUUUCGUGUGGAAGCCAGAAAUGGGGUAUCUGAUCUAGAUCCCAAUGGUUCUCCCAGCGCUACACUCAGCCUUAGCAUUGGACAUGCAGAAUCACUGUCCGGCCUGUCCUUGAGUCUGGUGAAAAGAGGGCCCCGACGGUUGGAACUGUCUUGGGCAGGGUCUCGACCUCGCAGCCCUGGAGUAAAUCUGAGCUAUGAGUUGCAUGUGCUGAACCAGGAGGAAGAGAGGUACCAGAUGGUACCAGAGCCCAGAGUAUCACUGACAGAACUACAGCCAGACACAACCUACGUGGUGCGAGUCCGCAUAUUAACUCCCCUGGGGCCUGGACCCUUCUCCCCCGAUCAUGAGUUUCGGACCAGCCCUCCUGUUUCUAAGGGCCUGUCUGGGGGAGAGAUUGUGGCUGUUGUUUUUGGCCUGCUGCUAGCAUUGGCUCUGAUCCUCGGAUUCCUGGUCUUCCGCACAAGGAGGAAAACAAAAAAGCAAAAAGGGCAACGAGAGUGUGCUUCUGAUGGUGGGGAUCGUGAGGAUAAGCUCUGGCUGAAGCCCUAUGUGGACCUCCAGGCAUAUGAGGAUCCUGCCCAGGGUGCGCUGGACUUUGCACGGGAGCUUGAUCCAAACUGGUUGACAGUUGACACAGUCAUCGGGGAAGGAGAGUUUGGGGAAGUAUAUCGAGGGAUUCUGAGAAUCCCUGGUCAAGACUGUUUCACGGUAGCUAUCAAGACUUUGAAAGCUACAUCUCCAGAUGGCCAUUGGUGGAAUUUCCUUCGAGAGGCAACUAUCAUGAGCCAGUUUAAUCACCAGCACAUCCUGCAUCUGGAGGGCGUGGUCACCAAGAGAAAGCCCAUUAUGAUCAUCACGGAAUUUAUGGAGAAUGGGGCUCUGGAUGCCUUCUUGAGGGCACAGGAAGAACAACUUGCCCCUGGACAGUUGGUUGCCAUGCUGCAAGGCAUUGCCUCUGGCAUGAGCCACCUGAGUGACCAUAGAUAUGUUCACCGAGACUUAGCUGCGAGAAACAUCCUGGUGAGCCAGAACCUGUGCUGCAAGGUGUCUGACUUUGGCCUGACUCGAUUGCUGGAUAAUGACCGCGAUGGCACUUAUGAAACCCAGGGAGGGAAAAUCCCAAUCCGUUGGACAGCCCCUGAAGCCAUAGCCCAUCGAAUUUUUACCUCAGCCAGUGAUGUGUGGAGCUUUGGGGUGGUGAUGUGGGAGGUGUUGAGCUUUGGAGAUAAGCCGUAUGGGGACAUGAGCAACCAGGAGGUGAUGAAGAGCAUUGAAGAUGGCUAUCGCCUACCUCCUCCAGUUGAUUGCCCAGCCCCAUUGUACGAUCUCAUGAAAUGCUGCUGGGCUUAUGAUCGAACAUGCAGACCACGAUUCCGACAGCUUCAAACACAGCUAGAACACUUACUUGCCAGCCCCCAUACACUGAGAACCAUUGCCAACUUUGACCCUCGGGUUACCCUUCGGCUGCCAAGUGUAAGUGGCUCAGAUGGGAUUCCGUACCGAAGCGUCUCUGAAUGGCUGGACUCUAUCCGCAUGAAACGAUAUAUACUGCACUUCCGAUCUGCAGGGUUGGACACUAUGGAAUGUGUCCUGGAGCUGAAUGCUGAGGACCUGAAGCAAAUGGGGAUUACCCAGCCUGGACACCAAAAGCGAAUUCUCUGCAGUAUCCAGGGUUUCAAGGACUGAUUUGUAGACAGGAUAAAUUUGAAACCCAUUCAUGAUGUUUAUUUUCAGCACACCUUGCUGAAAAUGUGAUCUUUUUAUGCCCCAUCCCUUAUUCUGGAUCAUGUAUGUUAUUGGUGCUGCUCUUUCCCACACCUCCUAUGGAGGAAUUACACCCUGUGCUUUGAGGGAG